AUGGGUUACGUGAAGGUAGAUCCACCACCUGAAAGUGCUGUUCCUCGAACUGAUAUGGAAAUGGACUAUGGUGGUAUGUCUGCGCCACGAAGAGGACCCAGAACUCCACCACUAGCCGACGCCCCUGCGGUUGCUAAUGUUGAGACUCCACAGCGGCCGAAGCAGCAGCGGCCCCGAACUCCGCCACCAAUUCAACCUUCGCAACCGCUUCAACCCUCAGUUCCUACUUCUACAGCUCCCACAAUGCAGUCGUUAUUGGCAAAUAUUGCCGCGAUGGCUGGUACCUCAACUAGUCAACUUGCAUCAACAUUAGGAGAGGAUUUAAACAGAAUG